CCGGCGGCUGCGCCCCCCGCGCCGGGCCCCCGGAGCAGGCUGCGGGCACCAUGGCCCGCGCCCAGGCUCUCGUCCUGGCGCUCACCUUCCAGCUUUGCGCGCCCGAGACCGAGACUCCGGCAGCCGGCUGCACCUUCGAGGAGGCGAGUGACCCAGCAGUGCCCUGUGAGUACAGCCAGGCCCAGUAUGACGACUUCCAGUGGGAGCAAGUGAGGAUCCACCCUGGCACCCGGGCUCCUGCGGACCUGCCUCAUGGCUCCUACUUGAUGGUCAAUGCUUCCCAGCAUGCUCCAGGCCAGAGGGCCCAUGUCAUCUUCCAGAGUCUGAGUGAGAAUGACACCCACUGUGUGCAGUUCAGCUACUUCCUGUACAGUCGGGAUGGGCACAGCCCGGGCACUUUGGGCAUCUAUGUGCGUGUCAAUGGGGGUCCCCUGGGCAGUGCCGUCUGGAAUAUGACUGGAUCCCACGGCCGCCAGUGGCACCAGGCUGAGCUGGCUGUCAGCACCUUCUGGCCCAAUGAAUAUCAGGUGCUGUUUGAGGCCCUCAUCUCCUCAGACCGCAGGGGCUACAUGGGCCUAGAUGACAUCCUGCUUCUCAGCUACCCCUGCGCAAAGGCCCCACACUUCUCCCGCCUGGGCGACGUGGAGGUCAAUGCGGGCCAGAACGCCUCGUUCCAGUGCAUGGCUGCUGGCAGAGCAGCGGAGGCCGAGCGCUUCCUUCUGCAGCGACAGAGCGGGGCACUGGUGCCCGCGGCCGGCGUGAGGCACAUCAGCCACCGGCGCUUCCUGGCCACCUUCCCGCUGGCCGCCGUGCGCCGCGCGGAGCAGGACCUGUACCGCUGCGUGUCCCAGGCCCAGCGUGGCGUGGGCGUCUCCAACUUCGCAGAGCUAAUCGUCAAAGAGCCCCCUACCCCCAUUGCGCCCCCGCAGCUACUGCGCGCUGGUCCCACCUACCUCAUCAUCCAGCUCAACACCAACUCCAUCAUUGGCGACGGGCCGAUCGUGCGUAAGGAGAUUGAGUACCGCAUGGCGCGCGGCCCGUGGGCGGAGGUUCACGCGGUCAGCCUGCAGACCUACAAGCUGUGGCACCUCGACCCCGACACGGAGUACGAGAUCAGCGUCCUGCUCACGCGCCCCGGUGACGGCGGUACAGGCCGCCCCGGGCCGCCCCUCGUCAGCCGCACCAAGUGCGCAGAGCCCAUGAGGGCCCCCAAAGGCCUGGCUUUUGCUGAGAUCCAGGCCCGCCAGCUGACCCUGCAGUGGGAACCACUGGGCUACAACGUGACACGUUGCCACACCUACACUGUGUCCCUGUGCUAUCACUACACCCUGGGCAGCAGCCACAACCAGACCAUCCGGGAAUGUGUGAAGAUAGAGCGGGGUGUCAGCCACUACACCAUCAAGAACCUACUGCCCUACCGGAAUGUCCACGUGCGGCUCAUCCUCACUAACCCCGAGGGGCGCAAGGAGGGCAAGGAGGUCACGUUCCAGACGGACGAGGAUGUGCCUGGCGGGAUUGCGGCUGAGUCCCUGACCUUCACUCCGCUGGAGGACAUGAUCUUCCUCAAGUGGGAGGAGCCCCAGGAGCCCAAUGGCCUCAUCAUUCAGUAUGAGAUCAGCUACCAGAGCAUCGAGUCGUCAGACCCGGCGGUGAAUGUGCCGGGCCCACGGCGUACCAUCUCCAAGCUCCGCAAUGAGACCUACCACGUCUUCUCCAACCUGCACCCGGGCACCACCUACCUGUUCUCCGUGCGGGCCCGCACGGGCAAAGGCUUCGGCCAGGCGGCGCUCACUGAGAUCACCACCAAUAUCUCAGCUCCCAGCUUUGAUUAUGCCGACAUGCCGUCGCCGCUGGGGGAGUCUGAGAACACCAUCACCGUGCUGCUGAGGCCGGCGCAGGGCCGCGGGGCGCCCAUCAGUGUGUACCAGGUUAUUGUGGAGGAGGAGCGGCCGCGGAGACUCCGGCGGGAGCCAGGCGGCCAGGACUGCUUCCCAGUGCCGCUGACCUUCGAUGCGGCGCUGGCCCGAGGCCUGGUGCACUACUUCGGGGCCGAAUUGGCGGCCAGCAGUCUGCCUGAGGCCAUGCCCUUCACCGUGGGUGACAACCAUACCUAUCGUGGCUUCUGGAACCCACCGCUUGAGCCCAGGAAGGCCUACCUCAUCUACUUCCAGGCAACAAGCCACCUGAAGGGGGAGACCCGGCUGAAUUGCAUCCGCAUUGCCAGGAAAGCUGCCUGCAAGGAAAGCAAACAGCCCCUGGAGGUGUCCCAGAGGUCGGAGGAGAUGGGGCUCAUCCUGGGCAUCUGUGCAGGGGGACUUGCCGUCCUCAUCCUCCUCCUGGGGGCCAUUAUUAUUAUCAUCCGAAAGGGGAAGCCAGUGAACAUGACCAAGGCCACGGUCAACUACCGCCAGGAGAAGACCCACAUGAUGAGUGCCGUGGACCGGAGCUUCACGGACCAGAGCACCUUGCAGGAGGAUGAGCGGCUGGGCCUCUCCUUCAUGGACGGCCAUGGCUACAGCCCCCGGGGAGACCAGCGCAGUGGUGGGGUCACUGAGGCCAGCAGCCUCCUGGGGGGCUCACCGCGGCGUCCGUGUGGCCGGAAGGGCUCCCCGUACCACACGGGGCAGCUGCAUCCCGCGGUGCGUGUGGCCGACCUCUUGCAGCACAUCAACCAGAUGAAGACGGCCGAGGGCUAUGGCUUCAAGCAGGAGUAUGAGAGCUUUUUUGAAGGCUGGGAUGCUACAAAGAAGAAAGACAAGGUCAAGGGUGGCCGGCAGGAGCCCAUGCCUGCCUAUGAUCGGCACCGAGUGAAACUGCACCCGAUGCUGGGAGACCCUGAUGCCGACUACAUUAAUGCCAACUACAUAGACGGUUACCACAGGUCAAACCACUUCAUAGCCACUCAAGGGCCGAAGCCCGAGAUGGUCUACGACUUCUGGCGCAUGGUGUGGCAGGAGCACUGUUCCAGCAUCGUCAUGAUCACCAAGCUGGUGGAGGUGGGCAGGGUAAGUGGGGCCGUGGGGGACGGGUGUGGUGGGCCAGGGGGCAGUGAAGAGCCCGCUGAACCUGCCCCGUGGGGACUCCAGGUGAAAUGCUCGCGGUACUGGCCAGAGGACUCGGACAUGUAUGGGGACAUCAAGAUCACGCUGGUGAAGACGGAGAUCCUAGCGGAGUAUGUUGUGCGCAGCUUUGCCCUGGAGCGGAGAGGCUACUCUGCUCGCCACGAGGUCCGCCAGUUCCACUUCACGGCGUGGCCGGAGCACGGCGUCCCCUACCACGCCACGGGGCUGCUGGCUUUCAUCCGGCGCGUGAAGGCCUCCACGCCCCCUGAUGCUGGGCCCAUUGUCAUCCACUGCAGCGCGGGCACUGGCCGCACAGGUUGCUACAUCGUUCUGGAUGUGAUGCUGGACAUGGCGGAGUGUGAGGGGGUCGUGGACAUUUACAACUGCGUGAAGACCCUCUGCUCCCGGCGCGUCAACAUGAUCCAGACUGAGGAGCAGUACAUCUUUAUCCAUGAUGCAAUCCUGGAGGCCUGCCUGUGUGGGGAGACCACCAUCCCUGUCAGCGAAUUCAAGGCCACCUAUAAGGAGAUGAUCCGCAUUGACCCUCAGAGUAAUUCUUCCCAGCUGCGGGAGGAGUUCCAGACGCUGAACUCGGUCACGCCGCCGCUGGAUGUAGAGGAGUGCAGCAUCGCUCUGCUGCCCCGGAACCGGGACAAGAACCGCAGCAUGGACGUCCUGCCGCCUGACCGCUGCCUGCCCUUCCUCAUCUCCACCGACGGGGACCCCAACAACUACAUCAACGCAGCCCUGACAGAUAGCUACACGCGGAGCGCAGCCUUCAUCGUGACCCUGCACCCGCUGCAGAGCACCACGCCUGACUUCUGGCGGCUGGUCUACGACUACGGGUGCACCUCCAUCGUCAUGCUCAACCAGCUGCACCAGUCCAACUCUGCCUGGCCAUGCCUGCAGUACUGGCCUGAGCCUGGCCGGCAGCAGUAUGGCCUCAUGGAGGUGGAGUUCGUGUCAGGCGCAGCGGACGAGGACUUGGUGACCCGCGUUUUCCGGGUGCAGAACAUCUCUCGGCUGCAGGAGGGGCACCUGCUGGUGCGACACUUCCAGUUCCUGCGCUGGUCUGCGUACCGGGACACGCCGGACUCCAAGAAGGCCUUCCUGCGCCUGUUGGCCGAGCUGGACAAGUGGCAGGCAGAGAGUGGGGACGGGCGCACCAUCGUACACUGCCUAAAUGGGGGCGGCCGCAGCGGCACCUUCUGCGCCUGCGCCACGGUCCUGGAGAUGAUCCGCUGCCACAGCCUGGUAGACGUUUUCUUUGCUGCCAAAAUGCUUAGAAACUACAAACCCAAUAUGGUGGAGACCCUGGAUCAGUACCACUUCUGCUAUGAUGUGGCCCUGGAGUACCUGGAGGGACUGGAGUCAAGAUAGCAGGGGCCCCUGGCCUGGGGCACCCACUGCGCACUCAGGGCCAGGCCCACCAUCCCGGACUGACAUGGAAGACCUGCACCCCCAACUCUGCUCAGCUGUAGCCCUCACAGGGAAAUUACUGGAGUGGGCGCUGGGCCAUCCCGGUGCCCCCUUCCACUGUGGGCAGGGUCUUUCAGCACCUCCGUGGGUACGCUGCGGGCCAAGGAGGAGCUCAGCAAGACUGCAGCCCAGCCCACCUCCGCGGGGUCCUGCAGGCCUUCUGAGAGGCCUGGCGCUGCCCGGCAGAGUGACGGGCUCAGAACUGCCGGCUCUGGGAGACCCAGGCUCAGGCCCCUGGAUUGCAUCCCAGCCCUAGGCAGAGAUGAGUGAAGCCCUGUAGAGCAAGUGCUGGGCCAGGGUUUCCACCCAGCUUGGCUGGACGUGCGUAGAGAGUGCACUGGGGCUUGGCCUCUAGCAUCCCAUCUGGCCCAGCCCCUGAGGGUCCUGGGGAGACUGGACUCUGCCCUGGUUUGCCUCAGACUUGUCCUCCCAGGGGGAACGUCAGCUCCCUCCUCCACCCGCUGCCUCCCUGCAGCCCCGGGGAUAUUUUGCUCAUGACCCCUACCCACCCUCCAUUUCUGCUUCCCUGAAUGUGCUCUGAGCUUCCCCGAACCGGGAUCUGCCCAUCCCUACCCUGUCCCGUGUGGGGUCCCUUGCCUGCUUGACCCAAUGUCUGCAGAAUGAAGUCACCUCAGCCCCCACUGCCUAUAACUUUCAGGCCUCACUGGCUGGGUCCUGGGCCAGUGACAAUCUGCAAGGCUGAAUGACAGCCCCUGGGGUUGAGGUCCCUGUGGCUUCUGGUCAGGCUGGCCACUGGGACGCUAUUAAAUCAGGGGUGCUCAGCACCUCUAGAGUUUGGAGAAAGAAGGUAUAUUUUGGGAUGGAGGAUUUAUGCUUUUGUUGUUUAUUUUAUUUUUUGUUGGGGGGUGGGAAGGUCUCUUUAAAAUGGGGCAAGCCACACCCCCAUUCCGUGCCUCAAUUUCCCCAUCUGUAAACUGUAGAUAUGACUACUGACCUACCUCGCAGGGGGCUGUGGGGAGGCAUAAGCUGAUGUUUGUAAAGCGCUUUGUAAAUAAACGUGCUCUCUGAAUGCCA